AUGCACAAGGUGAAACAAGUUGAUUCGAAUUUUUGAAGACACUUUCAUUCAUUUUCUUCCAAUUUUAUCAAUCAAUCAAUUUGUUUAUUUUUCGCAACAUCGGGAUGGUAUGGUGAUGUUGCAAUUAAGUGAAUUUAAAUUGAAAAACCUUCGACGUUUAAUUUUUUUUCUGUUCGACCAAAUGAUCUUGAGUAUGAACUGGGAAAAUGUUUAGUGGCCACUAAAUCCACCUCUUUUAACCGCUUGGGUGGCCACUAAUUUGAGUACUAUAGUGGCCACUAAAACUUCAAAACUCUAUAGUGGCCACUAAGAAGGUUUGAAGGAGGCCAAAAUGUUAUGCACCGGAAAAAGAGUCAAGGACUGUUUAACUUGUAGAUCUAGUUUUUUCUCAGGUCCGAAACUUCAAAAAGCACUUUUUUCUCAUCAAUGUUAUCAAAAACGGUUUGUCAAAUUUUCUACCAAAUGAAUAUUCGAUACUUCGAAGUACUUCCUAAAUAUUUUUUCUUAAAAAAAUUUUUUUUUUAAUUUUCAGUUUAAUAACUUUCAGACGUUACUUCUCGCUUCUGCAGCUGUCUUACUCGUCCACGCAUUCGAUAUUCCCAAGUUCAAAGGCUACAACUACAAAUUCACCGAGAAAGUGAACAAGACAAAGUUGUCAGUUCGACUGCAGAAGUUGAAAAUCGGUCCGAGCGCCGAGCUGAAAUUCAUCAAGCCCAGUAAGUUUCUAAAAAAACAUUUAUGAAAAACAGAAAAAUAUUUAAUUUUAACAUUUGAAAUUUCUAAUCAGAAAGUUUGAUUGAAUGACUAAAUUACAGCCCUCUGUCCUCCGUUCAUGGAAUUUUCGAACUGUGCGUGUGAUCGGUCCUGUGUUGCCCCAGAUUUGGUGAUUUUUCAAUCCAUACGACUUUUUUAUCUUUUUAUUCUUCAAAUUGAAAGAAUCUCAGUUUUCUUAUUUUAUACAUUAGUGCCAUGAAGCAACUCUAAAUUUUUUAGAAGUGCGAAAAUUGCCUUCCUGGCUGCGUUUGCCGUGGCGGAUUCCUGAGAAACGACUUGAGGCAUUGCGUUUUGCCGGAGGAGUGUCCUAAGGCAAGGAAAGAAACUUUCAAGUGUACCUGAAUAUUUUUAUGAAUUUUUCAAAGUCGGAAUGGUGGAUAAUGGUCGCCAAAAAGGAGAGGCUCAAAAAAGGCCGCAAAAAGAGUCCCUUUAUCGAUCCUUCCAUUUUUUCUGGAAUCUUAAAGACUCAAGAAAUGGAGAAAAAGGAAGAGGAAGCAAAAAGGGUGCAUAAGAGCCGAUGAAAUUGCCCAAAAAGGCAGCAAAAUGAAACCCUUUCCGACUUUGCCUAUGUUGGUCAUCCAUAUUAUUUCCGAAUUUUUCAACUUUGAUGACCUUUUUUGAGGAAUCGAACCCGCUGGAACGCGUGGUGAUGAUCCCGCAGAAGCUCUACCAGGCCGUACCCAUCAAAUUGGGAGCGGACAUCGAGCCGAAAAAAGAGGAACCGAUGGAACCAUCGCCGCCGAGUACUCGACCUCGAGCAAUGAUGUCAGAACCAGCAGCACCUUCAGGGCCAUCAGUGUCGGAACCAGCUCCGACACUCGUUUUCUUGCGAAACGGUGGGUUGAAAGAGUUUCUUUUCAAACUUUUAUUCAGGAAAAGAGUGGCUUUUUUUUGAGUUUUGCAUCACUUAGGGUCUCCAGAGUGGUCCCUCUAGAAACCCCUAUAGGAGCCACUAAAGCUCACAAAAGCGGUCCACAUAGAGGUUUUAAUUGUUGACUCGUUUUUAGAUGAAACUGAAAGACUUCUAUAGGGACCACUUGAGCUUUAGGGGGUAAGGGAUCAGGCGCCAAAACCCUUUAGGGAGCACUAUUUCGGCCCUCAACCCCUAUAAAGGCCACUAAAGCUCACAAAAUCCAUAUAGGGGUUUUAAUUAUUGACACGUUUUUUGAUGAAAUUAAAAGAUUUCUAUAGGGACCACUUGAGCUUCAGAGACUAAGUGGUCAGGCUCUAAACCCCUAAAGGGACCACCUCCCAGUUACCCUUGUAUGGGCACUUUUUCAGCCCUUAAUCCCUAUAGGGACCACUCUGGAAUUCCUGAGUACCUUUCUUUUGCAGCUCCCAGUACACCUCCUUAUAAAAAUCUUCUUUAGGACCGACCCCACCGCCAGGACCGCCCAUGAUCAACGCCGCCGACCUUUUCGACAUGGUCGGGGCUCCUUCGGCGACACCGCCACCCGAGUUUCACUACGGACCUCCUGGAAUGAACGCCGAACGAUAUCAACAACUUGACAGUUUCUUGAAACGACGACGUCUUCUGAAGGCGUUGCGUCAGAGGAGAAUGAGGCUGCGUAGUCGACAGUGA